ACGUGACAGUCUCCUGCGGUGACGUCAGCUGCUAUCGCCCCAGUUCAGGCUGAUCCUGAUCCUUUAUGUCGGCGGGGCUGUAAUAAGCGCAUUAAAUCCUUCUGGAUACUUCAUAGUGACAAAAGAAUAAACGAUUGUUCUUGGCGUAGUGAAUUUUCCCUUAAGACAUGUCCCAGGACAAGAGUGGCUACCCUGUUAUGGGUGAGACCAACCCACUCCAUAACAACAUCUACGGGCCCCCUCAGCCAGGUUUUGCUGUGCCGCCUCCCAACUACAACCAGGCCCCGGGGGGUCCAUAUCCAGCAACAGAUGGAUAUGGCCAGCCAGCUUUUGCCCAAGCAGGCCCAGUGUUCAACCCUGGUCCUUAUCCUCAGAUGCCCUUCCCACAGGGGCCUUACCCACAGGGGCCCUACCCACAGGGGCCUUACCCACAGGGGCCAUAUCAGCAAGGACCCACACAACCAGGCUUUGCUGGAGACCCUGGUGCACCUAUAGGUAGUCCUGGUUACCAUGGUGAUGGGCCACCAUCUUACUACGACAACGACGAGUUCACAAACUCUGGAUUCGAGGACAAGUCUGUCCGACAAGCGUUCAUCAGAAAAGUUUUCUUGGUUCUCACAGCGCAGCUGCUCGUCACGUUCUCCUUCGUUGCAGUCUUCACUUUUGUUGACGACACUAAACGCUUUGUGCGCCUUAAUCCGUGGACAUAUUACGUGUCCUAUGCUGUGUUCUUUGUGUCACUGAUUGUCCUCAGCUGUUGCGGAGACUUUCGCCGCAAGCAUCCCUGGAACUUAGUCGCUUUGUCCAUCCUGACCCUGAGUUUGUCCUACAUGGUGGGUAUGAUCGCCAGCUUCUACAACACAGAGACGGUCAUCAUGGCUGUGGGCAUCACAGCUGUUGUCUGCUUCACUGUCGUCCUCUUCUCGCUACAGAGCAAGUAUGACUUCACCUCCUGUCACGGUGUGCUGUUCGUGUGCCUGAUUGUCUUGUUGCUCUUCUCCAUCCUCUGCAUUUUCAUCCGCCACAAGAUCCUCCACAUUGUUUAUGCCUCACUGGGAGCACUUCUCUUCACCUGCUUUUUGGCUGUUGAUACUCAGCUUCUCCUUGGCAACAAGAAGCUGUCGCUCAGUCCAGAAGAGUACAUUUUUGCUGCCCUCAAUCUGUAUACUGACAUCAUCAACAUUUUCCUCUACAUCCUGGCAAUUGUGGGACGUUCCCGUGAAUAGGGAUGCUGCAUCCAGACGAUGAAUAACGAGAAUGCCUCCAACCAUUGUGGAAAUAUUACUAACACUCCACUUUAAUUAGAUUUUUUUUUUCUCCUCCCAUUUUUCCCUCUUUCUCCUUCAUGUUAUUUCCUAUCUGUCAUAUAGUUCUUUUGAUUUGAAAAGCUUGUUCAGCAUUGGAGGACUUGUAGUCUGUCAUAAAAUGCAUCAGACAGGAGCACUUUAUUGUUUAAUACAUUAUUUAAAUAUGAAGUGAGCGAUCUGAAUUUUGGCCCCGGUGUCUGCUGUAACGCUCCUCUCUGCUUCUGCUAACACAGACAAGUACAGUAUGUUUACAGAACCUUCCCACCAACUUCCCGUUUGGCUCAGCAUGUACGUAUAGAAGAACAUCUUGUGAUCAAUGUUCUUGGCAUGUGGCUUUGCUGCAGCGCUUUAAUGAAAAUAAUUGGGGGGACGAUACCAUCAGCGUUUAAACCAAAUGCACCCGAGCUUUCCUCGUGAAGAGAAGUUGAUGCUGGAAAUGCCAGUUUCC